GACGUUACUUCCAGUUGCUUGAGCCGCCAAGCCUCGCCCGCAGACAAUUUCGCAGGCGGAGACCUUCCUUCCAGUUUGGAGACUCAAUGCUCAAGCGCAGAACAACUUCAAUUCGAUCCUGCAGACUCGCAACACCACCCCAACUGACACUCGCAUAAAAUUCCUUCGACCUUCAACCUUCACUGAGAUUCUUACGCGACAUGAUCUGCUCCAGCUGCCGGCAGGCGUUUCUCUCCCGUAUUCGCUCCCUCUCCUUCAACACCAAUAUUUCCAUCUCUUCCACCACUGGCUUGCGCUACGCAUCAACAGUACCCGCGACUCCCCAUGCUGCUCCAGUUCCAGCUCCGGCGGCCAUCUCAAUAGAAGCACCGAAUGCCACACAAUCGUCAAACACACCAGGGAUCUCCCAGCCUCUGUCCGAGCAGCACACCUCGACCUCGACCGCGAAAACCUCCGGUCCACCCUCGACUAAAGACUCAAAGAGCCCCGUAAAGCCGAAGAGUUCGAUACCCGGGGGCAAGGAGCUCCGUGGCCUGGGCUACACAAAAGCGAAGCCGAAAGUUCUAGCGAUGGAGGACGAUGAAUAUCCCGAGUGGCUGUGGAAGCUGCUGGACCAGAAAAGGCUGGGAACUGACGCGGAGAAGGUCGAUUUAUCAGCAAUGACCAAAAAGCAACGCAUCCGCUACGAAAAGAAGCAGGAACGACUCCUGAAAGACCUACCCAAAGAGAUCCCCGUUCAUGAACAAAGCAAAGACCUGACGGGUCCUGGUGACGACGCGGUGACGAGUUUACAGCGCCGGCAAGAGAUCACCAAGAGCGCAAGGUCCGCGAGACGGAGGAGCAUUCGGGAGAGCAACUUCCUCAAGUCGAUGUAAACCAAGGUUGGGCUCAGAACAGCCUAUUACUCUGUACCAUACAUAAACAAGCGACCGGAGAGAGCGGCGCUCCCUGAGAUUCUAGAGACGAUCGAAUAGUACUUUAUCAAGGGUAUCCUCCCGCCAGUCGGGAAGGAACCCAACGACCCGUCAUCGGAACUACCCUGGUAUUCGAUGUCUAUGUAUGCGAUCGAUACUCUGAUUGCACCGUUGCCAGCGCCUCUCCAAUGCCAGUCAUCUGAAAACGCCUCGAUUGUUUCCCAUGCAUUCAUAUACUUCCUGCGACAUCAAGUGUG